CCGAGAGCUAGCGCCGCAGAGUGGCAGAGGAGGCGCGCUGCGGCGCCAGGCCGACCGCCGACCCCAGCACGCCGUCGAGGCAGCCGACACAAUCAUUUAAGCGCGCCGAGGCAGCCCCUCCAACCAACCAUGGGCGUGCGCGGCGAGAUCGACAAGUCUGGAUGGCACCUGAUCAAGCCCAGCCGCAAAGAAAGCAAGUACUACCAGAUGAACCUGAGCUUCAUGGAGAUGGAGUCGUUAGUUGAUGUUGAAAAAGCAGUGUUUUUGUGCCACCCGCCGGCCGGCGCGAACGCGCCCCAAGAACCGGGUCCACGCAAGCUCAAGCACUCCUCCAUAAGACUGAACAACAAUAGUAUAGUGGAGUUGUGUGGAGAGGGUGCGAACGUCGUCGAUGAGCAAGGAGUAGAUCUGGGACCGCCGCCAUCUUUGGAAAUGGCACUGUCUCAUGUGGUAGCCGAUCUGUCGAUGAUCCGGUGGAUCGACCUGUCCUUCAAUAACAUCAGAGUGUUUGGCGACUGCUUCAAGUGCAUGCCGUCGCUCCAAGUUUUGAAUCUACAAGCGAACAGAAUUUCUGAUCUGAAGCAGGUGAAAAGAUUGGGCGAACUGCCAAAGCUCAAGAAAUUAUCUUUAUUUGGCAAUCCGAUUGAAGAAAAAAAGCACUACCGGAGCUACGUCAUCACGGUCUGUCCUCUGGUCGGGCAGCUGGAUUUCUCCGUCGUUACCAAUCAGGAGCGCGACACCGCGGCGGGCUGGGCGUUCACGUUCCGGCGAAAGCUCAACCCCGAGGAGAAGGGGGAGAAGUAAGUAGUGUUCCCCGUC